UACUCGCUGCAAUCCUGUAACGCUUUCAGUUUUCUUAUUCAGCUCCAAUCCCCAAAGUCGCCAUUGAAGCAACCUUCAGCACCACCGACAGCCCUUAUCCCUUCCAAAUCUCCAUUAGUCGCCUCUGUUGAUGAGGCUUCAACUUCUCCUCUCAGCUAUUGAAGCAAGGUUCAACGCCUUAAAUUCCUCUUCCUCUCCAAGUCGCCAUUGAAGCGAUCUUUUAACACCACCGACGAAUCUUCUUCUGCUCCAAGUCUCCAUUGAAGUAAUACCUCUCAGAUUUAUUAUUUGGCAGUUCUCAUUAUUUCUCGGUGGAACAAAGCGCUAUUAGCGUCGAUCUCCCUUUCAGAUCAACAAAAGAGUUCUGCUGGAAAAUAUGAUAUAUCUAAAGAAGUAAUUAUGAACAUUGAAGUUCAAUCAAAGAUAUAAUUAUGGAUAACGAAGUCCAACGUUCUGUCUCUUUACGGGUAAACCGCAGAGGAGACCGGAGCAAUCAAAGUCGGAAGACUAAAGGUAGUUUUUGUUCUCCUGAGGGGAUGUCACAAGAUUAUGCAAUGAAGGUUGUUUGGAAGAGGGGUUUCGUACGCUUAGUGCUUGUCAUUGGCAUAUUGUGGAUGCUUCUCAUCCUUACAGUAUUGUUAUUUCACAUAUGGUCUUGCCAAUCUUCUAUAACUUUUUUUUCAGCUAUUUGUAACAAAGAAAGUAAGGUAUUUAUGAUGUUGGACACAAUGGGGUUUCUACCAAAACCACAACACCGUUGUCCAGUUCCCCUUCAGGAUGAUCCUGAUGCAAUAGUUAUCCCAAAGGAAAGAACAUCUGACAAAAUUGUCCAACAUUUGUCCUAUAUUUUAGAGGAUGAGUCUGUAAAUAAUGAUUCUCUGUCAUUCCCACUAUUUGGAGGGCAUCAAAGCUGGUCACAGAGAGAACAAAGUUUUAAGCUGAACUCGACCAUGAAGGUGCACUGUGGCUUUAUGCGCAAUGGAGGUGCAGAGAUGGAGCCUGUAGAUGUUGAAUAUGUCAAGAAGUGUAGGUUUGUUGUUGCAUCAGGUAUUUUUGAUGGAUAUGAUACGCCACACCAGCCUUCAAAUAUAAGCCAUCGAUCUCAAAAUCUAUUCUGCUUUCUUAUGGUUGUUGAUGAGAAGUCUUUCAACUUCAUCAAGAAAAAUGUCACAAUGAGAGAGGAUCAUCAGGGGGGGAAGUGGGUUGGUAUUUGGCGCCUUGUGCUACUACACCAUCCACCUUAUGAUGAGCCCCGAAGAAAUGGGAAAGUUCCUAAGAUUUUAACCCAUCGGCUGUUUCCUCAAGCACAAUACAGUAUCUGGAUUGAUGGAAAAAUGGAGCUAAUAGUUGAUCCUUUGCUUAUGCUAGAAAGAUAUCUAUGGCGUGGAAAGCACACAUUUGCUAUUGCUCGCCACAAACACCAUCGCAGUAUAUAUGAGGAGGCUGAUGCUAUCAAACGGAGGAAGCGUUAUGCCCGUCCUCUUAUUGAUCUCCACAUGAAAAUAUACCGCUAUGAGGGAAUGGAACCAUGGAGCCCAAAGAAAAGGACAGUCAGUGAUGUGCCUGAGGGAGCCAUUAUAAUACGGGAGCAUACUGCUAUCAACAACUUGUUUAGCUGCCUGUGGUUCAACGAGGUCAACCUCUUCACACCAAGAGACCAGCUGAGCUUUGGUUAUGUUGUGUACAGGUUAGGGAGUUCGUUCAAUAUCUAUAUGUUUCCCAAUUGUGAGUACAAUUCGUUGUUUGUGUUGCAUCCACAUACCCGGGAGCAUUCAUCUGUUGUAGAGUGGGUAAAAUCCCUGGAUGAAUUUAAGGGGAAUAGUAGUGGGUUGAAAGAAAGCAGGGGGGGCUUAGGUUUGUGGACUCCUUAUCCUGGGGACCUUAACUCGGUUUACCUCCCACCUGUUGCAAGAACAUCAAAAGCGGGCUAAGGUUAUAUUUAUCAUUUUUCUC